GACAGAUGGGUGUCAGGACUAUACCAACGAUAGAGAGCAAAUGGUUGUUAUUCGGAAAAAAAUGUUCUUUAUCAUGCACUACGUUUAAAAUGAUUAUAGUUACACUUGGGCUCUGUCUAAACCAGUUAGCCAGCAUCAUGUGGCUGUGAGUAAUGAAACUUUGUUGUUUGUCGUGUUCUGAGAAAACAGUGAGUGAGUGAAACUGAAGUGCAAAACUCAGUAAAAAACAAACUACAGAAUAUCAUCAUGACAUGAUGUAGCUGUAACGGUCAGCCCACUGGAUAAAAAUAUUCUACUGUAUAAUAUGGAAGAUGAAGAGGACCUUGAGAUGCUUGGGGAGCAGCUCUAUAACCUCAUUUAUCCCAGACACAUGGACAUGGCGGGAAAACUUACAGGAAUGUUGCUGGAGCUGCCCAGUUCAGUUCUGGCAGAGAUGUUAAGGAAUGAGACCAUGUUGACCAAGGCUGUGGAGAAAGCGCUUGGUGCUCUCAGUUCGUUUGAUUACACCAGCAAUAUGGGGCGCCAAGGAGAAGAUGAAGUGUCUGUGUCCUCUGAUUCUCUGGGUGAACAGCUGUAUCAACUGGUGGAUGUCCAUAACACUGGCCUCACUGAGAAAAUCACAGGUAUGCUACUGGAGCAAAAGAAAGAGGAGGUGCAGAAGCUCCUUUCAGACCCUGGUCUUUUAGAAGAAAGGAUUAACAUGGCACUAGAAACACUGAAAGAAGAUAAUUCCAUGGAAACAGAUAUCAGUGACUCAUCUGACCCUGAUGAUCCAGAAAGACUGGGGGAGAGGCUCUUUCAGGCUGUACAAGAAAUUGAUGCAAAGAACUGUGCUGAUAUCACUGGAAUGUUACUGGAGAUGGACUCUAAGACUCUGAAGCAAGUUCUGUGUGACCAUACUAUGCUGGAGCAGGCUGUUCAGAAGGCCCAGUCAGUUUUAGUGUUGGAUGGUUUGGAUGCACCCAAGCUGUGAUAGACUCCUCUAUUCAGUUACAUAGAGAGUGCAUAGAAAGAAGCAUAUGUGCAGGAGUUAAAUGAAAGGAAGAUCAAAGGUUAAAACAGAAUGUCAAAUGUUCUUCUUAAAAAUAGCUCUUAAAACUUUAUUUUACAUUCAGGUUCAUAAGUUAGUCCUAGUCAUGGCAGCUGAUAGUUUAUGGUUGUACAAUAAAACAAAUGGCAAUAUAAGGAUAUUGUUAAAACUACGUUGAACUGGGUCCUGUACAAUGCAAAAUUGCUCCAUUCAAACAAUUUGUAGAAAAAAUAGAUACCAUUUUGUUAUAUGGCAUGGUUAUAAAUUCAUUACAGUGACAUUUUCACAUGUUACAUUGUCAUUUUACUACCAUAAAGUUACUUUGUGUGACCCUGACAAAAAUGCAAUAGGUACUACACCAACACACGUGUACUCAACCACAUACAAGUGAUUCCAAGCAGCACAACUCCCAUCCCUGGUUAUUGAUUCAGAGCAGUUAUUCAGCACAACAGUGAUAAAGUAAACAGAGGAACAUUUAAGAAAAACACAUCAAGUAAGUUAAUUUAACUAUGUACAGAAGCUUAAUUAUGCUUAGUGCUAGGCAAGAUGGAAGAACAAUGUUUGGCCAUAUUGACAGUCUCAACCAAUCACAACCAUCAAUUAAUGCAUAUCUAAUAUUACAGUUGAAAUGGUAGAUUAUUAAUUUUGCUGAUGCUUUUCUCCAAAGCCGCUUACAAUGUUAAGCUACUUACAGUGUUUUACACGUUUAUACAGCAGGACAGGAUCAUUCUUGCUGUUACUAGUUCAAGAUAAGUACCUUGCUCAAGGGUACUACAGCAGGAGGUGGGAUUCAAACCUCAUGUCUCCUAGCUGAAGGUGGUAGCUUUCAGCAAUAUGCUACCUCCUGGUUCCUUUAAUAACGUGGCUCUCCUUACACUACUGUAAAUAAAGCUUUAACCUUAUUUAAAUAAAGACCAUCUAAUGUCAAACAUUAACACUACACAGCACCUCUAACAACUUGGUGUCCAUAUGCUUUGCAGAGUAACAUAGAAAGUGUUUUUAGAACUUUAUUUCUUUAUAGCAUAAACAUCUAGGAGCCAAACUAUGAAAAUGUGUCUGUCUAGUGUACCCUGUGCUGUGUUUUAUGUCCUGUACUUGUGAGGUAAACACUGAACCACUGCCUGCACUAGACAAGCAAUUAAUGAUGGUGAAUGAACGAAAAUAUAGCUUUGAAGGACGAACUGGAAAUAAGGCAUCCCAAGCAGGCCUCGAACCCCAGACCCACCAGAGAGCAGGCGCAGGCCAAACCCGCCGCACCGUCGCGCCCCUGCACAGUGCUAAAGUGUCUCUAAAACAAAGAAAAGUACAAGUUUGUUGUACUGCAGCACACUGUAUAUUGUGUAAUGUUGCUUCAAUAAAACAGGACAUGAAUUAUGAAUUGUGUAUGAAUAUUAUUGAAGGUGUUAGUCUAUUAAUAGAUUAAGGGCGUCUGCCUUAAUGUUGCUCAGGAAUAAGAAAUGUGAGCACUGGACUGAGGACCCAUUCUCUGCUUUAAGACUGUGAUUUAGCUGAUACUUUUCUCCAAAGCAACAUAGUGGUUUACCUAUUUAUACAACUGGAUAAUUAUAUAGCAACAGUUCAGGGGAGGAACUUGAAGGUGCUACAGCAAGAGGUAGGAUUCAAACCUGUGUCUUGGAAGUGCAAGGCUGCAGUGCUAACCACUAAAUCACCUGUUGACCCCCUUGUGAUGAUAGGGACUCCUACUACUCUUAUGCUGAAAUGAGGUUAUGUUGGGAUCUGUCACCCAAUUGUAGUUACUACUUAUCCAAUUCAGGGUUAUAGGGAUCCAGAUCAUAUCCUGGGAAUCGUAGCGUGCAAGGUCCACCCUGGAUGGCACUCCAAUCCAUUGCAGAGCACACAUACACUUCGUGCAACAUAGGUUUACGUGUCUGGGUCUAUGAAUUUUGAACUAACUGUUCUUAGCAAGCGUGGGGGUGUCCCGACAUUAACUGUGAGGGGUAAGGAGCACUUUGAGAAAAUGGAAAUCCCAGAACUGACCAUGGGACAAUGUCCCAAAUGGGAUCCAUCAUGAGCUGAAAUCAUUGCAAUGCCAAAGCGCUCCAUCAGUUAAAAUCAGUUCAUUCAAUAAGAUCUUCAUCAGUUAUUUGUCCAUUUGCAACUUUGAAAAUAAGCUGAAAUUCCUUUUUGAUUCUAAUAUAUUUUGGAAAACCUUCACUCUUCCUUUUUUGUUCUUCAGUUGUCAUAAAACUUAUGUCUUUCUGAAAGCUCUUUUAAAUGCUCUCUAAU